CCUAUCCUUAUUACUGAAGACUGACUGAAGACUGAAGACUGAAAAAGCAUAACCGACGAAAGAUAAGCGGCGGGCGCCGAAUUCACUCGAGAUAUACUGAGACUCAUCACCACAACAACAUCAACGGUGUUAGAUUUCACUCGUCAAGCUUUCAUCUUCCAGAUUAACCCCUCCAAAUGCAACUGUGGUGUCUAGGAUGAUUAACAUAGACCACUAGACCCCCAUAAAUAGUGUUAGAAAAUUCACGAUUGAAAGUUCUUAAAGCCUAGGUCUUGUAGAAAUUCAUUUAGUAAUUCGACCGCAUAAUCUACUACUAAGAUUGUCCUACCGUGAAGCAAAAAGAACCUCGACCUCUACGUACCCAGAAACUUAGGAAAUCAAUCAAGGUUCAUGAUAAUCCCUUAAUAGUCAUUAAUCUAGGAGACUGCUCUGAUAUUCUCCUCAGUUAACAGGACAAAGAUGAUAGGACGUUUUCGGAUGAUCUAAAUAAGAAGCUCAAGUUUCUCGAAAUUAAUCUAACAAUAGCCGUACAACUUACCCGAAGCAAGGAUACGAAGCUUCUGAGACUCCGCGUUACAUUCGCUAGUGCUGACGGCGUGGUGGAUAUUUUACUUUUCAGUUAAUUGCUUGAAUCUGAAAGAUAUGAGAUUCUUGUAGGAAAUGCAAUCUUUGUAGCUCACGUCCGCCAGCAUCCUCUACUACCUUUCCCCAUAAUGUGACGUAGUCAGCAUGACAUCAAAUUUAAAUAAGUACGGAUCUAGCUCUGAGCUGUGUCGCCUCAAUAAUUACGGGUCUCCAAGAUGGGAUUUUAAAAUUGCUUCGUACUUUUGGUCGAUCGUCAACCAGAAACUCAGUCUAGGUUUGGUACGGCUAGAAAGGUUGGAUAACCUGUGUUGUUCCUGAUAAUGGUCCCUCAAUUCUCACUUCUAAUGCACUGACCACGUGUUGUAGCAAGGAGUUUCACUGGUCGAUGUUUUGAUGUGAAAGUUGGUAGUCAGCUGACAAGUAAUUGGUUAUGAGCUUGUGGACUUUAUUGGAAUGCCCUCGUAAAUUUUCUCCUGUAAGAUGGGAAAUUAUUAAGCGGAUUAAAGAUAGUGAUUAAGUCAUGUCUAAUCCUUUUGUAUUAUGAAGAGUAAUAGGUUUAUUUCAGCCAGCCUCUUGUGCACUGACCGCGAACCUACCCUGGGGUUCUCAACUAGACAAUUUUCCAGCCAGAUAACUUGGGGCGAACCCAUACUGUUUGUUAGUGUCCAACUACAAAAUCACUUAUUCUUCAAACAAAAUUACCGCUCGCCCCAAUAUUAUUCAACUAGGAUAGCAGUCUGUUGUAUGGGACUUUGUUGAAGUCAAUGAAGGCUAAAUUUAUGAGCAGCAUUUGAUCUUUCAUGUCACACUAACAUACUCGUGUUACCAAUAAGUUGGUGAGAUAUGAGUAAACUAAAAUUAGAAAAUUUGCUUUCCUAAGCAAAUGAAAGGGGUGUAAUGCAACAGAAUAGAUAUAAACGGAAAGGAUCAUAAAUUUCUGCUCCGAAAGACUUAUCGCUCACAGAUGGUGUAAAGAAGUGAGAUGCUGAAACAGUGAUACAGCUGAAAUUAAAUGCCGGAGAUAAAGAUCUCAAAAAUAUGGAUUUUAGGGAGUUCGGGCUCCUGAAGCGAACAAUUCCUAAGCCGGUUUGGGCGCAGUACUAAUUCGUUUAAUUGGUUUUCAUGUUACAAAAAUUUUCAGAGCUUGCUUAACAAAUCAUUACAACUCUGCACACAGACAGGCUCUAGUGAGCUGUAUGUAAUCACCGUGACGAUCUUGGCUAAUUCAGUCGAUAGAGUACGCGAGUUCGAGAAAUUCGAAUAAGAGGUGGUUAAAACCAAAAGCAUAAAAGGCGAGGGUUAACAUCAUAGCACCUCUUUGGCUGUUGUGAUUGUCGAUCAAUAGUUAGUGAUUUGGUUGUGUUCCUGUUUUCACUAAUAUCAUUCAUAAUAAUUCGAAGUAUUUUUCGUUUUAAAUUAACCACUCAGUGUUGUAAACCACGAUAUCUUUUAUUUAUCUGAUCCCCUUUCGCAAAUACUUCUGAUGAAUUGCUAACUUUAUAUCAUGUGUUCCUAUCUGUUUAUUAAUCAGUCACCUCACUGUUUCCGUUAAAUUGUGUUAAUAUUCUAGUCUUUAAAUGCUUCUAUCAAGUGUCCGUUGUGGACGUUUCAUACCCUGGAAAUCAAUUCCCGGUAGUGUUUGGGGUGGUAAACAACGGAAAAUCCCCCGUUUAACUAAUGCGCGUAAAGAAGCGUUUUUGGAUGAGCUUCUUAUUUCUCGCCAAAACCAUAUGUACCUUCAGAAACCAUAUUUCAAUGAAGAAGUUGAAGCUGCUACUCUAGCUGAUGAGAAAAUGCGUGAAUUGCAAAUGGAAGACAUGGUUUUCUAUGAUCGAUAUGCUCAACAAUUCAAUCGUCGUUUUCCUACACGUAAUCUGGAAUCAUUUUGGGAUAAAUUGUCAAGAACGAAACGUUAUGAUGUUUGA